AUGGCGACUGAUGUCAUCGUCGCAAGCCAAUUAUCUCGUCAUCCCAAUAUUCCGCUGGGUGUUGCAGCGUUGGAAGCAGAGCUUCAAACUCUUCAAAAACAAAGACGGUAUUUAACUCUUCAAAGGCAGAUAUCUGCAGAAAGAAAAGCCGUAAAUGAUCUUGAAAAAGAUGGAGAAACCGUGCCUAUUAUUACGGAACCUCGUGCAGUUGAGAACGGAUUUGAAUUCACUGCCUCAAGUACAGCACCAGUCUCAGGUGAGCUUGAAAGACUACUUCAAUCGCCACUUGUUCGUGAUGCCGAAAAACAUGCUAAAGCCUUGCAGAUUAUGGACUUUCUGUGGGUCGACUCUAUUCCCCAGUACAGUUCACACUCUUUUGGUACAGAUAGUGGUAUCGAGCUCCGUGUUGCUAAGAUAAAACCCUUGAUAGAGUCUCCAUUGAGAAAUGGAGGUGGGGUUCCCCGAGAAUGGGGCUUAAACCGGCUAUAUUCAACAGUGGAACGUUUGAAAGGCAAGGGAUGGGCUAACACUACUCGCAAAAACUUACAUAACACACUGGAAGACCUUUAA